GCUCGUUUGAAUGAAGUUCAGGAGACUUGGCCACGGAAAUCCACUGGGUGACCUUUGUUCAGAGAAAGAGAAUAACAUACUUCCUUUGAAUGCAUGACAAGAAAACGCUAUUAGUCACCAUAUGAUGGAAAUGACUUGAAGGCACCAAAAGGGAAUGACUUGAAGGCACAAAACAGCAGCAAUGUUAACUAGGCACUUAAAAAAUUAACAAUGAAGGUACUUUUUUAAAAAUAACAUUACAAGGUGCUAGUGAUUCCUUAUCAGAAUCAGGGACAGCAAACAAGAUGGCUUGAACCUGGCCUCUUUUGUGUCCCUUUCCAGCUACUGGCAGAGCUCUACAGAAGCUGACAGCUGGUUUAAAAACAGCAAACCUGUGUAACUUGCUACUUUGAGGACCUUCAAAAUAAGUAUCCAAACGAAGUAAAAUUUCACUGCCCUCCUAUAUCAUCUGUGUUUAUGUAUCUCUGGGGUGCAAGGGAUUAACAUUAAAUCAAAAUGAAACACUCCUCUUUUUUCUGCAAACCAUCUCUUGUAAGUAGGGCAAUAUAUUUGCAUUAUAAAGAACACAGGUAACUUUGAUCUUCAAGAUUAACUCUGACAGGUUAUUGUUAUUUCCUUCCUGCAUCUUUAUUAUCUGUCUUCUAUUAACAGGUUAAAUUUCCUGAAUCCUCUGCAAGUCAGCAAUGGAUCUGAAGCGAAUAAAAGACUCCAUUCAUUUCUGGUAUUUUCAGUAUCUCCUGGUCACCUGCUGCUAUGGCCUACUGCCCUGGGAACAAUGUGUCAUCAACAGCAUUAUAUUUAUUGUGGUGGCCAUGGUGGUCUACACUGCUUAUGUCUUCAUUCCCAUCCAUAUCCGCCUGGCUUUUGAGUUUCUCUCUCAGAUGUUUGGAAGCCAGCCUGAGAGUAUGGCAUCACUUAUAAACUGAAUCUGCCAUUUUUGCACAGAUAAUGAAAUACAGUCUUGCACUUCUCUUGUCUUUCCCAACUAUGCCAAUGUCUGUUUUUAAUCUGUUUCAAAGUUUUGGGUAUCUGAGCACAUGAGUACAUCUCCUUUUACUAAUCUAGGUUACAAUUCCACUGCUUCUGGCUAAUGCUCACUGAAAUGUCUGAAACUUCUGUUCUCUUGAAGUGACAUGGUCCCACUGGGAUAUGCUGCUCUGCUAAACCUCAUCCCGUGAAUUGCAGUUGUAUGCGGCAGAUCUCCCACAAGAAUGAACUCUUUGUUUUUCAUAAUAACUUGUGAAUCUAUUUCCUUACCAUUUGAGGAUACUAAGGAUUUCAUCACAUUGAGGUUCUGAAGCUGAGUGACAGCAGGGAAAUCCAUGGGACAGCGGAGGAAACAAUUGCUCUGCAUCCUGCAUCACCUUCAUUGCCCCCCUCCCAUCAUAUGGGGGAAACCUUUGCUGCUCAGCUUCCCUCUACACUGUCACCUGCUUACUCAGUCAGAACACAGGCAGUCACUCGUGUUCUGAAUUCUUCCUCCCUACGUCACCUGAUGGGCUCCGGCAGGCUCCAUACUGGCUCCAUGUUGAAAGCAUCCUAUGACAGGACAAAAGCCUGAUUUGAUGAAGUCCUAAGUCUGGUUGAAGCAUAAAUACCUUUCACAGUACUGUUUUGCACAUGGAAUAAUUUUGAGGAUUCUUUUAAAACAAUUUCUAGCAAUGCACAAAUCUGUCACCAUACUUUUGAAAGGGGAAACUUUGGAAACAUGUUUAAAAAAUAAAUGUACAUAAACUUUUAUCCUCUUGUGAUGUCAUUCUCAC